AUGGGGGCCCUUAGAACCGUGGCGUUGGUGAUCCUGGCGAUCUCGGCGUUCACGUUUAUCGCGUUAUUUGGCAGGCUGCCAGCUUUCAGACUUUGGGCUGACCGUUCAAGAAAAACACCAGUGGCCUUUUUCCACCGGAUACUUUGGGUAUAUUUGCCCAAUGGAAUUGCCGUUGUCGACAGUCAUUUAUUUGGCGGGCGAGUAGUGCGGUGCUGGAAUCGAUCUGGGAGUUACAUAUUGAAGGAGAAUCAUCCGCUGGUUUUGAUCUUCUUCAUUUCUCUGCUGGUUAUCGGACAAGGCAUUUUUGUUCCGGCCGCGUGGCCUCGACUAUCAAACUCUCAUCGUCUUUGGGUUCCUGGCGCUAUCAUAUUGCCAUAUGUACUACUCUAUAAAUGCGUGGUUACCAAAUCAUCUAUCACAGCUGAAAAUCACGAUGAAGAGAUGAGGCGCUACCCGUAUGACCGAGUCCUCUUUCACCCAGGUCAUCGCUGUAGUACUUGUGAAUUUCUCAAGCCAGCACGGAGCAAACAUUGCAGCUUCUGUCAGGCUUGUAUCUCUCGACAUGAUCAUCACUGUGUCUGGUUAAUGAAUUGCGUUGGGGCCAACAACUGCGUGUACUUCAUCUCGCUGCUGGUCUCACUCUCUGCCAUGUUGGUUUACGGAUCCUACCUUGGCCAUUGUUUACUGUCUGAGACGCUGGAGCAGCUAGUCCCACCAGAGAUAAAGCUAGCUAUGCAGGGAUGGACAACCUGGAUCAACACAUGGAGCGUUGUGAUCGCUACUGACCCGAAGAUUGGGACUAUCUUCUUGCUGAUGCUCAUGACUGCCCCAUUGGCAAUAUCGUUCUUAGCAUAUCAUACUUAUCUCAUUUGGGCUGGCAUGACAACGAACGAGAGUGCUAAGUGGUCUGACUGGAAAGAAGACGUGGAAGACGGCUUGGUCUUCAAGACCAAGCGAAGUCUGAUAUUUGAGAAUCCACUUCCUCAGGAUCGUGAUGAUCCAAUGUGGCCCGUAUACACAGAUCAAAUUCUUGUUACUGAUGAAGAUCCUCCGACCGAAGGAUGCUUGCUGGCAUCCAACUCCAACUGUAUAGCAAGUCGCCCUGAAUCAGAUGUACCGCCCGACCCUCGAUGGAAGCGACUCAGCAGCAUGAAAGAUAUUGACAAUAUAUAUGACAUGGGCUUUUGGUAUAACCUUCGAGAUGUGGUGGGACUAUCCCCAUUGUGCACACCUGCUGAGUUAAUGCUCAAGGUGAUUCUUGCGGGAACCCUAAUCCGGGGCAUGAUCGAUGACAAACGCUUGGAGCACAUGCUUGCUGCUGGAAAGAAGAUCUUGUACAAGACGCAUCAAGAAAGCGAUGUUCGUCACAAUCUUGGCAUGUCGCCAGAUAUCUGGCAAGGCCUUACCAAUGUCCUCACCAAAGCGAUCCCUGUCCUCGAGUCCCAAUCUUUCGCGUGGAAAAGCCCUGCCGCAAGCUACGAACACUCUUCGUCUAAUCUAAUUGCCUACAACUAUUUCUCACUUGUCAAGGACAUUGAGCGCCUCAAUGAUCUGUGUACGAUUGCCCGUAACCUGCUAGCCACAACCAAGAAAGCACAAAACCUCGCGGCGCAGGCAGGCUUCGACCAAAGAAUCCUCGCACUCAUUGAUACUUGUGUUCGGGUCACAGCAAGAGGCUUCGACGGAGAGACAAAUGCACGGAAUGAGGAGCGAUGGCAAAAAGUGGUCAAUCUCUAUAAGCGCCUUUUGAUUACGUGCCUUCAGUUCCUUCACAACUUCAUCAUGCACAAUGAACAUCGCAAGAUGGUUCUCUGGUUGGAUCUCUUUGGUUACCACUCAACUGCUGAUACAAACAUCAUCAAGCCCAAGGAGCCUUUGGCAGGUGGUGGCCCGCGCGAAGGAGUUGCGCCCGUUGUGCAGGUUGGAGAGCGUGUCAUCAACCCGCCAAUCCGCGCACUUUAUGAUCAGACCGCGGAAGACUUGUUGCUAGAGACGAUCGCCAAAUUCCCCCGGGAGCCUGCUACCAUCAAGGAAGAAGCCGCCAUGUUGCUUUUGGCGAAUAUCAAGGAUCACAUGGAGAGAAUUCUGGGACGAGACCUCAGUGCUAUCCAAGAAAUGGGCAGAGACCCGGAUCAAGUUAAAGACAUCCGGGCUGCUCUGACUGCGAUUCUGGGCGCUAAGGUUGAUGGCUGGUCUGAUCUUCAGGACCGGGCUCGUGAGCUACCAUCUGCGCUUCACGACGAGGAGAAUGAUGAGCCCGAGGAGCAAGAAGAGGAGGGCCAUGUGGAUCAUGGGGCACACCAGGAUGAAGAAGAGGAAGAGCACGAGGUUACCAAGAAGAAGACCAUCUUGACUAUUGACCGCAGUCUCACAGCCGGUUUCCCUCGUCUAUGCUGGGCCGAUCUACCAGAAAUUCAGGACUUCGGUUUAGUCGAUGGUCCUGUCACAGAAGAAGACACCAGCAUGCCCCGAUCAUCCCAAUCUGCCGCUGAGACGCUACAGGAGGCCAAGGACGAACUUAUGGCCCGGCUCCAAGAGCCAUCACAUAUUGAUGGAGAUGAGGAGCAUGACUAUGACCACGGAGAUGCUCACACGGUGGGCGAUGACGACUCACGUAGCCUGGAGGCUAUGGCUGAUGGAAGCAUCGAUGGAGAUGGAGAGGAUGACGUGGAUGAUGACGGUGAUGGAGACCCCGAUGAUGACGAAGAAGAGGAAGACGAUGAAUAUCGCGGCCGCCCUGGUGACCAACAACGGGGUCUUUUGACCGAUAUUCCCCUUGUACUUGGACCAGCUGAAAUCGAAGCCUUGCCUAUGAUUGUACAGGCCGGUAUUGUCGACAGUUUCGGCCUCAAGGGUGGCGAACGGAGUGGCUCCAGAAACAUGCAAUCCCUCCGAUGCCAUAUUCUGCUCACGCAGGAGACAGGACGCAACCUGCUUCGUGAACUCUUGAUUUUCAUCGCAGCAUGGGAUCUCCCUGACGAUGAGCUCUACUUCAAGAUGAUGGUCCAGAUUAUGGAAGCUGUUCUCAAAAACGGACUCAUGUCUCAUGCCUACUCUGACUUUGGCCAGCCCAAGGAUAUUAUCUCCCCAGCACAGGCGGUGGUGAUCAAAAUUCUCACUCACAUCUUCCGAGCCAAGUAUUCUCCUGCUUCAGUGACAGGCUCAACCCAAACCAACAUUCCCCGCAGCCCCAGCGCGCUAGCUCGAGUGGAUAUCCUUACUGUCCGAUACAUCUUCACUAUCUUCCGUGGCAACAUUAUCCCCGAGACUUGUGCCUUGAUCUACCUCCAAGGCCAAAUCCGUGCCGAACGGGCACUGUCAGAAGACUUCCCUCUCAAUCUCUGGGACAUGGAACGGGUUUACGAAGGUGUUUACCAGUUUUUGGAGUUCUUUGCCGUCCUAACCGAAAAUAACGACUGGAAAAACCUGCUGGUCAAAUGGGAGAUUGUUUAUGACCUAGUGACCUUGAUCAAAGAGUUGGAAGCAAGCAUUCCCAAGGGCCAACUGAGCCAGUUGUCAUUUGGCUCUGUGCCACCUCCGCCACCGCCGCGCAGCGACGUCGCAAACGACGCAUCCGGCUCAAACCCGGCACCUGUUGCCGUUGAACGCCCUUACGACCCAACCGACACAGACCCCGUCGAUACUGGAGCUGGCAGCGUUGACUCCCGGCCUGAGUCGCCGCCCAUUACCGAAGAUCCCUCCGAGUUCGAGUGGCGCAAUCUCAAAAAGCUUGUUGUGCUUGUGCUUUCCUCGUUGGUUUGGAAGUGCCCUGAUGUCCAGGAGCAGAUCCGUCGUUACGGCGGUGUCGAGGCGAUCCUUUGCUGCACUGCCUUUGAUGCCCAUAACCCGUAUAUCAAGGAGCAUGCCGUGAUGUGUCUAAAAUUCCUGCUGGAGGGCAACCGCGAGAACCAGCGGCUUGUUGAGGAACUCGAGGCCCGUGAAGUUGUCAACAAGGACGGUGGCGUGUUGGAAAAAGCUGGAUAUGAAGCAAUGAUCAACCAGGCGGGCAAGUUGGCUAUUCGUCCCAAGCCACGGGCUGAGGAAAUUCCAUGA